AUGAGCAAUAAUUAUCAAAAUAGCUCCACAAACCCUUCUUUCCAUGAGAAGAGAACCAUUAUCUCACAUAAGACCAUAAACUUUGCCAACCUCGAGCAAUUCAUCACCACAGUUUCUUACCUUACCGCAAAAGUUUGCAAAUGUCACCAAAUAUCAUUCUUGCACAAGACCAGACAAAUUCUAACACAAAAGCUUGAGUCAAUAGUAAACAUUCUCAAAUUACUCUACAUAUUAAGGUUUGCUACAAAUACUCUUCCUUCCGAACAAACAAAUUACCUUAUCCAGAUUAUAAACGAAGCAAUCAAAAAUGCAACUCUACGAUCAAACAUUAGCUUAAAACCAUAA